UAAUUACAAUUCAUAUACUAAAGAUUUAAAUAUAUUUUUAUGAUCCUUACAAUUUUGUAUGUUUUGGACACCGUCUAUACAACUAACGCACCAAUUUUAUAAAAAAUUAAUAACUUUUAAACGACCUUUAAUCAAAGUUCGUAACUCUUGUUAUUAAAGUUCAAAUGUUAAGAAGAUGAUGUGCAUCGAUUUAAGUGAAUAACUUGUUUUAGUGUCUCAUAGAGGGAAUUUACAUUUACAGGGGAAAAAUAAACAGGAAGCAGUUCCAAAAAUGUCGACAGCAGAAGAUGUGGUUGCUACAGCGAGAGACAGCUUCAACAGGGGCGUCACUAAAAGUUUGGAAUUUCGACUGAAACAGUUGGAAGCCUUGUUAAGGUUGAUCGAGGAAAACUUUAAAAACAUCGAGGACGCUAUUAUGAAAGAUUUCAGGAAACCCAAAUUCGAAGUCACCCUGUAUGAAACAGAGUUCUUAAAAAAUGAAAUAAAACACACGAUAAAGAAUCUCAAAGGGUGGAUGAAACCGACAAAAGUUGACAAGUCUUUACCAUUUCUCAUGGAUGAGAAAGGACGGGGGAAGCCUCUCAUCAGAAAAAUGCAUUUUUUAAAGGAUUGGCUCAUCAAAAGCCCAUAGUGUUAUACCUCGUUGGAAAGGUUCUUUUCAUGCUGUG